AUGGAAUCAGAAACUCCCCCCUUGAAUACAGCAGCAGACGAAGCUCGUCAGCGCGGCAAUAAUCUGUACAAGCAGGGCAAGCUUAGAGAAGCUGAAACUGCAUAUUUGGAAGCUUCCCGCAUUGCUUCUGAUGAUGCGCGACCACUAUCAAAUCUAGCCGCUGUAUAUUAUGAGCUCGCCACUUCGUUGUUGCUCCUCGGGAAAGAUGGCGGUGAAGCAUCCGCCGACAAGACCCGGAUCCGGCUCUGCAAGGCAUUGUUCUUCUCCCAAAAGACAGAUGAAGCUAAUGAUGUUCUAUCUCAAAUAACUUCUGUGGAAGCGCGUAAGACGCUCGAGUCAUUGCCGGCCCGGGCCUCCAUCAGCCCGCAGUCUCCAUCAAGCCUUCUAUCGACACGCAAGAAGUUGCUUGAUCGUGUUCCGCGCUAUAGAACAGUCCUGCAAGACGAGCCUGAGUUUUACUCAGUCGGACAUGACGAUGCGCGUUCGUUCCUCACCAAGAGUCAGCUUAACAAUGGCAAGGAUCUGGCCUGUCUCUGCUGCGGGAUCGGUGACGCUCGACUCCUCUUCGCUACUAUGGCCAUUGCUGCCGUCGUGUCAGGAUUGAAACCGCCCAAGAGGAAACUUCACUUUACUCUUGUGGAUUUGAAAGCCACUGUUUUUGCUCGUGAUUUGCUCAUCUUCCGUAUGCUAUUCGAUCUCCAGACCCAGACCCCGAAACAAAGAGAGGAGACAAACAUUGCGAUAUCCUACGUAUUCGCGGGACAGCUCAUGCCCUCAUGGGCAUCUGACAUCCUCCACGGAGCCAUGGCAGCCGUCAUCGCCGAGCUGCAAGAUCUCUCCAGUAAUGUGAUGGGUAUAUUUUAUAUCCCAGAGCCCGCCCGCCAAGGCAUUGCCCGCGUAUUGAAGGAGUGGCAGCAGCCACCCGAGCCCUGGUAUACAACGGCCGCACUCAGGCGUGAUCUAUCGCGGGAGCGUGCGAACCGCGAAAUGGAGCAGUCUGCUUUAUUUGGAGAUGAUAUGGAACUAGAGAGUGGCAAGGUCCCUCCCGGAUGCGGGAAGCAUAAUCCUGAUGCCCAGAGCUUCGAUGACAUCUAUAUCAUGCUGCCACCAGCGCAUCUUGUGCAAAAGCACGAGCCUCGCCUGGCUGAAAUCCACAACGCGUAUCGCAAGAAGAAGAACAAAAAGAAUCGCAAAGUUCUCGACGAUUACAUCAAUUCAAACUGGAAGCCUAACGUCACCGUCAUUGAUCUGGAGUUUCAACGCAAGAGAGAGGACCGAGCGACGGGACAGCCUGACAUCUCCUGGUCUCCUCACCAAAUUGCCUCUGACUAUGUUGGCGGUUCCCUCACAACCUUUCUCCACGGUAUCCCCCUACUCCUUGAGGAGGGCAAAUCUCAGCUGAGGUCUUAUGUCUUGCGAAACACUCCCGCUUGGCUCACGCACGACCAGUUCCUUGCAGAAUAUCUGCUCCUCAGUGACCGCGCGACAAUCGAGUCCCAUUUCCACACCUCUCUCACCCGGAGCUCCAAGCUGACAGAGAAGAUGUACCACGGUGUGCGAGCUGGCCCCGGUGGCAUCGUCAUGGUAUCAGGAUUCGAUUCUGCCGGCGGCAUCCUGUGUUUGCCAUAUCCCCGCGUGCGAUUUGACCCCGUGGGUGUCCUCGCGCCUCUCAACCUCACGGCAUUCCUCCACCUGAUUGCCCACGUCGCGUCGCUCGGGUACCCGCUGCACUGGCUCUCUGCGACACUGGCAGCGCUCUGUAGUGGUAUGUUAUCCCGGAUUCGCGCGGGACCUCCUGGAGCUGAGAUCACGGACAGAAAGCUGGAGAAGCUGGCAGGGGAGACCUAUACACCGGCUGACGUGUCUGUCGCUCCCUUCGCCGCCGAGUUCCGUACGCUCGUGGCGAUGUGGGAACCUGUCCUUGGAAUCCCGUUGGUUUGGGAUACUCCCGCUGGAAAUGAGCCGCUGCUUCCCAAGUCGAGUAUGAUUCGACGGUAUACUAUACGAUUCGCAGGAACUAUUUGGGACUCGUACUUGAUGAACUCGUUCUUUUCUGUGGUGAUUAAGCAUAAGAAUUUCAAAGCACCAUCUAAUUAUUUGGCGCAUCUGUUAGAUGAUCGGUCAGGCGAACCAUCUACUGCCGCAAGGGACGCGAGGAGGGCCCCGCGGCUGCAUCUGAUUUCGGCCUGCAAGUGGACAUCUGACACCAAGACCAUGGAGUUUUGGAUGGACGAGAGGACGAUUGAUGGUGUGUUGGCAGAAAAGGGCUGGGAGGCAUGGAUCUGGCGCACAGAUACAUGGGAGUCAGCAAUGGGGCCUCUUUCUUUAGACGAAGGUGCCUUGGUCAAGAAUGAGGCAUGGUCUUGA